GCAUGCGCAAAAAGAUAGACUCUAAGAAACUCAUGACACCUCCUUGUGCAUUACGUAUUUCCACAAAACUCAUUAAAUAGGUUGUCAAAAGUUCAACUAGUAUUUUGUACUUCUUGCAGCUGAAUCAUGAGCACGUACGACCGAAAAAUAAUUUCUGUUAUAGGAAGUGGCUUGAUUGGUUGUUCUUGGACCAUGGUGUUUCUGAGUGGAGGAUACAGAGUAAAGAUCUAUGAUAAACAACCAGGACAGGCAGCCAAGGCAGUCCAGAAUGUGAGGUUGCAGAUUGAGGAGCUACAGCAAAACCAAAUGUUAAGGGGCAACCUAAACUCGGUGGAACAGCUAGCACUGCUCAGCAGCCAUGAGAGUCUUUCAGAAGCUCUGGAGGGUGCCUUUUUUGUUCAGGAGUGUGUCUUUGAAGACCUUGCGGUGAAGCAGGCUGUCUUUCACGAGCUGGAGGGCUGUGCCGGAAAGGAUGUAAUAUUCAGCAGUUCCACAUCCUGCUUGCUGCCAAGCAGUGUCUUCUCUGAAGUCCAGAACAGGAUGCGCUGCGUUGUGUGCCAUCCGGUAAACCCACCCUACUUUGUGCGUUUGGUGGAGCUGGUUCCCCAUCCAGAGACAUUGCCUGUUGUGAUGGACAGCACAUUCACAUUGAUGACUGAGAUAGGACAAGCACCUGUCCGUCUUAUGAAGGAAAUUGAUGGCUUUGCUCUCAACCGUAUUCAGUAUGCAAUUAUUGCAGAGUCCUGGAGGCUAGUCAAGGAUGGGGUUAUCUCUGUUCAGGACAUCGACCUGGUGAUGUCUGAAGGAUUGGGCAUGCGCUAUGCUUUUAAUGGUCCCCUGGAAACCAUGCACCUCAAUGCACCAGAUGGUUUGGAAGACUACUUAAGGCGUUACAAAGAGGGCAUGCAGAGGGUUCUGUCAUCUUUUGGGCCAGUUCCUGAGUUUUCUGACAAUGAAGCAGAAGUAUUUAUUCAGGACAUGCGUAAACAUAUUCCCAGCAGCCAACUGUCAGUCCGGAGAGAGCAGCGAAAUAACCUUGUUAUGGGCUUGGCCAAGCUGAAGCAAAUGUCUGAAUAACUCUUUACUUGAAACUUGGUUAAAAAAGCAAGUCAUGUUUAGAUGAUUUUAAAUCUGAAUGAAUAAUUCAAAUAUAGUACUAACAGUGGAACACUGACACUAACAGGAGCACUAGCAGUGGAAGAAUGAAUCGAUGUCAUAGCAAGCAUGACAGAAUAAAGUCAUAUUCUCUGUGUCUGGUGACUGGACGUGCCAGCUCCUUGCGAAUCAUUUACAUACCCAUCGCUGGUCUGCACGUGUACCAAAUUACAUUGAAAUUGGACCAUUACUUAUGGGUGCUUAUUUUUUUUUGUCACUGAGUGGAGAUCUGUAAACUAAUUAAGGUUCAAAUGAAAUAAAUCAGUCAUUCAGUUAUAGUAACUUUCCACUCCAUCCUGAGAAGGAUAAUACCCGAUAUCCCCUAAAAACAAAAUAUUUAUAAUAUUACAAAAAAAAACUAAUAAUGUUUACAGGAUUAGGGGAAUGGGGUACCAUUCUGGUUCAGAGGAAUUAUAGCCUCUCUACAAGAGUUGUGGGUUAGAUUACAUCCCUGACUCUCUGUGAGCACAUGCUGUCCUUCACAUUUCCUGCUGGUGCAUAGGCUUCCUCCCAAUACAUGUAGUUAAAACUAGUGCCUCAGAAUUGCUCAUAGUGUGUCAAUAUGUAGCUUGUGAUAGCACAGUAUCCCAGCUUUCCCUAUGCUUCCUGGGGUAGGGUUGCCAGCCUGCAUAGAAUAAAUGGUUAAGGAAAGUAGAUGGUUCAGGAAUAACCAGAUAUGGAAUCUUGUAUUUUACAUCAAUAACCUAAAAACUCAUUCUAUUAUGGUUUGGGAAUUUCUUAAUAUCAGAUUUAUUUGUGCGUGAUGACUUCUCAUUAAUAACAGUCAUAGAUUAGUUCUGCUUGGGCUCAGACCGAAUAUGUGUGAUUGCAACCUUUUAUCUUAGUCUAUUGUGUUCUACUAGCUUCACAGCUUUGAUAAUAUUGAUUUUGACUAAGUGGAGUAAUCCUGGGAUGACUGUUUUCUCACACAGCUGCAUUUUCUUUACUUUGUCACUUAUAUAUUGAGUUGUUAAAUAAACUAUCCUAAUAUACAA